CAGACCAGAAACCUAAACCUAAACCUAAAUCUAAACCUCCCACUACCACCACCACCACCAACAACAACAAAAUGCCCCUCGUAGUCCCCGGUAUCCAGUCCAGCGGCGGCGCCGGAAUCGAAGAGUGGACCAACAAGCUCAUGGGCAAGAAGAUCGGCGAGAACCAUGAUGAAGUCACGUUCGCGAAGCAAGAUCUCCCCAAGGAACACCGCAUCCUCAAGCCCGACAGCAUGAGCACUAUGGACCACAAGCCCGAGCGACUGAAUGUACACGUCGAUGAGGAUGGCACGGUGAAGAACGUGCGAUACGGUUAGCCGUACGUGCCAGCGGGCGGGUUGGUGCGAGGACGUAGCGUACGGAGGCGUAUCUCCGAGUACCCUGAUAAUGUGGCAUGAUAGAGCGUCAUAGAUGAACGAGACGACUUCUGUUCGGGAACUGUCUUGCUAGGAAAUAAUAUAUUCGGAAAAUAACACUCUAAAUAUGACCGCUUGUCAUAUCGCGAAGGUGAUGUGAACAAGAUCGAAAUUCGACGCUGCAACGACUUGCCGGAGGGACUUCAGCGCACGGUGGGCGGCCAUUACAAACUCCUCACAUGGCCAGAAGCCAACACGCCAAGCUACACUAUGUCAGGCUUCUUUGUAGAGGUGUAGAUGACAUUCAAUGUAAUUUCGUUCCAUCGCGGCGCUCAAU